UUAAGGUAGCGGUUGCCGAGGUUGUUUGAGCCAUGAACCCAACAUCCUCAGCUGCUCCUAAAGCUCUGUUAGAGCUAAAAGCAGCUUUAUUUCAUGGCUUUAAAUCAUUCAAUCAGCUUAAACACAUUCAGGCUCGCCUUAUUCGUACAGGGUUUGAACAAAACAAUUAUCUCUUGAACUUACUAUUAAAAUACAUUUUAAACAAUUUCAACAACCCUAAUUAUGCUAAAAUUGUUUUUAACCAAACUCAAGAACCCAAUAUUUUUUUGUACAACACUAUGAUUCGUGGGUUAGUUUCAAAUGACUGUUUUUUUCAAGCUAUUGAAUUUUUUAAAUUAAUGAGAAAAGAUGGGUUUUUGCCUAAUAAUUUUACUUUCCCAUUUUUGUUAAAAGCUUGUGCUAGGUUAAUGGAUUUUGAACUAGGUGUUAAGGCUCAUACACUUGUGGUGAAAGGAGGGUUUGAUUGUGAUGUGUUUGUGAAGACUGGUUUGGUUUGUUUUUACGCUCGGUGUGGGUUUCUUGAGGAUGCACAUAAGAUGUUUGAUGAUAUUCCUGAGAAGAAUGUUGUUUCUUGGACCGCGAUAAUGACGGGGUACAUUGAUUUUGGGAAGCUUAAGGAAGCGAUUGAGUUGUUUCAGAGGUCGUUGGAGAUGGGUUUGAGUCCUGAUAGUUUUGCGCUUGUUCGCGUGCUGUCGGCCUGUAGUCGUGUAGGGGAUGUUAGUUCCGGUGAGUGGAUACAUAGGUAUGCAGUGGAGAUGGGUAUGGGAAGGAAUGUGUUUGUUAAUACUUCUUUGGUUGACAUGUACGCUAAAUGUGGGAACAUGGCGAAAGCUCGUGAGGUUUUUGAUGAGAUGGUAGAGAAGGAUGUUGUUUCUUGGAGUGCUAUGAUUCAGGGUUAUGCAGCGAAUGGGCUUCCGAAAGAGGCUUUGGAGCUGUUUCACAAGAUGCAGGGAGAGAACCUUAGCCCGGAUUGUUAUUCAAUGGUUGGUGUACUUUCUGCAUGUGCAAAGUUAGGAGCGUUAGAAGUUGGCGAAUCUGCCACUAGGUUAAUGGAGAUGGAUGAGUUUUUCUUGAAUGCUGUUUUAGGUACAGCACUAAUUGAUAUGUAUGCUAAAUGCGGGCGAAUGUUAUCAGCUUGGGAAAUAUUCAAGCAAGUGAAGGUGAAGGACAGAGUAAUCUGGAACGCUGUUAUAUCGGGUCUCGCAAUGCACGGGCACGUGAAAUCUGCCUUUUGUUGUUUUGGUCAAGUAGAGAAACUUGGUAUAAAACCUGAUGGAAACACAUUCAUGGGUCUCCUUUGUGCUUGCACUCAUGCUGGUCUUGUCGACGAUGGUCGGAAAUAUUUUCGUAGCAUGACUCACUUGUACUCUUUGGAGCCAACAGUUGAACAUUAUGGUUGCAUGGUUGAUCUUCUAGGCCGAGCCAGUUUGCUAGAUGAAGCUCAUUCGUUGAUAGAAAGUAUGCCAAUGAAGGCCAAUGCCAUUAUCUGGGGAGCGGUAUUAAGUGGUUGCCGAUUACAUCGUGAUACUAAGUUGGCUGAACAUGUACUAAAGCAGUUGAUUGAAUUGGAACCAUGGAACUCGGGAAACUAUGUUCUUUUAUCAAACAUCUAUGCAUCUAACAACAAAUGGGACGAAUCGGAAAAAAUCAGGUCUACUAUGAACGAAAGAAGAAUGCAUAAGAUUCCUGCGUAUAGUUGGAUAGUGAUUGAUGGAAUUGUUCAUGAAUUUCUUGUUGGAGAUACAUAUCAUCCAAUAUCAGAUAAGAUAUACGAUAAACUCAGUGAACUAAGCAAGGAGUUAAGAGAGGCGGGUUAUGUUCCAAAAACGGAAUAUGUUCUAUUUGACAUUGAAGAGGAGGAGAAGGAGCACUUUGUUGGCUGUCACAGUGAGAAGCUUGCGCUUGCAUUUGGCUUACUAAGUACUAAAACUAGUGAUGUUAUCCGAAUAAUUAAAAACCUUCGUAUCUGUGGUGAUUGUCAUACAUUCUUCAAGCUUGUCUCAAAGAUAACAGAGAGAGAAAUUAUCUUGCGAGAUAAUAAUCGUUUCCAUUGUUUUACUAAAGGAUCAUGCACGUGUGGAGAUUACUGGUAAGAGUUCAGUUGGUAACAUGAUGUUGCGAGCUUUUUAUCGAGCAAGUAAUCAAGAAGAGAAAAGAUAUUGAAGAGGGAAGGAAAAUAGAGGCCAAAUGUUGCUAACUUGUUCCCGAUAAAUGAGGUCCACAAUUUGCAGCUCCUCGCGGAGAUAUUGGGGUGUCUCAUUGGAAGCCUUUGUACAAAUGCCUGGGCUUGUUUCAAGCUUUAAAUCAGUAGCUAUAUGGGAUGGUGUCCUAGAAAAGAUGGAGAGCUGGCCAGCUGGAAAAGACAAUACUUAUAUCAGUUGGAGAGAGAAACAAAUCAAUUUUUUUAGAGCAAAAGGCAGAACUGGUAAAGUUGUUGCCAUGUGACCAAGAGGUUACGGGUUCGAGCCGUGGAAACAGUCUCUUACAGAAAUGCAGGGUAAGGUUGCGUAUAAUAGAUCCUUGUGGUCCCGCCCUUCUCCGGACCUAGCUUAGUGCGCCGGGCUGCCCUAAAGGCAGAAUGUAGUAACCUUGAAACACAGUUGUAUUGUUUUGCUAACCUUUUGGCGCAACAGGGCUGAUGUUAAUGAUACAGAAGCCAUACUUGACUUUCUUAAACUCAUUACAUAGCUAUCCCUAGCACUUCUCUAUGCUGGGUGUUCAUAUCAAUAAAAUUACCCUUAUCCAAAGGAAAAAAAACCUAUUGUAUGUGUAAUAGAAAUAAAGAUUUGCUUUAUGAGGAAUUUCUGAAUUAUGAUCUAGAU